UGUUCUCUUCUAGAGCCAGACUUGAGGAUUGUGCUUGUUGGGAAAACUGAUGCUGGGAAGAGUUCCACAGGAAACACCAUCUGUGGAAGAAGAGUGUUUGUAACUAAAUCUAGUGACCGAGAUACCAAUUUCAGGUGUAUAGAAGUAAACAUACACUUUGGAGGCCAAUUACUCUCUGUAGUGGAUACCCCAGGUUUGUUCGGGCCCAAUAAAUCCAAUGAGGAGGUGAAAAGACAGAUUGCUAAUGGUGUAGCAUUAUCUGCUCCUGGCCCUCAUGUGUUACUAGUCGUGUUUCAACUGGGCAAAUUCACAAACGAGGAAAAAGAAACCGUGAAUAUUAUUCAGAGAAUGCUUGGGAAGGAGGCAGCAUGUUACACUAUGGCCCUGUUCACCCAUGGAGAUGAGCUGAAACAGGGUAGGUCUAUAGAGGAAUUCAUUGAUGAAAGUCCAGAUCUCUGUGCCUUCAUCCAUCAGUGUGGUGGAGGAUACCACGUCUUCAACAACAGAGAUGAGGAUCCUUCUCAAAUCAGAGAGCUGCUGGAGAAGAUCAACACAAUGGUGCAGAGGAAUGGAGGAAGAUACUAUGCCAAGGACUUGAAGAAAAGGUUUCAUGAGGAUCAAUAUCUGAUUAGGAUUACAUUUUUUAUAGUUAUGCUGCUGAUACUGCUGGUGCUGGUGCAGCUGCUGCCGCUGUCGCUGAUGCUGCGACGGUAG